UGCGAACUUUACGUGCGUUAUUAUGAAUACUGUAUGUAGUAUUUUUGUGUAACGAUUGUUUGAGUAUUAUUUUCGUCAACUGAAAUGCUACGUAACUUGAAAAUUGUUGUUGUUAAACACAUAACUGUCACUAAGAGACACAAAGCUGUCAACAGGCUUCUUCCGAUCGGUAGCAGAGGUAACUAAGUGACAGAAGAAAAUGCAUUCUUAAUUCCAGCGCGUUAUAAGUGUAAGGGCGCUGGAAAGGACACACUGACUGGCCAUGGAUGUGCUAACUGUUGUUCAGACCAAACUGAGCGCCGAAGACAAUGUGGUUUCAGUCCACGAAGCAAGCUUAAUGCAAGGAUGGGUGCGCACAUCUAGAGUUCUGGCUCUGGUUGAAAAUGAGAAUGAUCAUGCAUUGUUUGUUUUUCUGAGUUCAAGAGUGCCCCCUCAAAGUUUUACUGAUCUGACUAUUGAGCGAACACUGCCAGUAGAUGCUGACUUCAGGUGUGAAAUAGAUCCUGAAAGUAAACAUCAAGAUGGUGUUGAUGUGUAUGUCAACAUAUCUUCUUAUAAACUUAAGCUCUUAUUUGAAAUGGUGCCUGGAGUGAAAACAAGCAACUUCGUUGGAGAAUUAUUCAGAGUAAUGGAAGUCUACAGUAAAAGGAGGGGCCCACCUCCAGAAUUCCAGUGGCUUCGCAAGUAUGCUGCAGAUAAUUCUUACAGUGCCUUAGUUAAUGUUGAAAAACCAGUAGAUGUGAAGGAAAUACCGCCUGCAACCAAGGAUGACUCGUUGGCCACCUCUCUGCUGGAGCUUGAAAGCCCGGAUAUUACAUUACCACGUCAAAGCAUUGCUAAAGGGACCACGCCUAUAGCAGCAAGGGAAAGUGUUAUUAGAUAUCAGAUGGCAAUGAAAGAACGUCAUUAUACAUACACUCAAGUUCUGAAGGUUUUCAUUGGCACUUGGAAUGUCAAUGGACAGCCGCCAACUGUGCCACUUACAGAAUGGCUUGCCCACGACCCUGAACCACCUGAUAUAUACGCAAUUGGAUUUCAGGAGCUUGAUUUGAGCAAAGAAGCAUUUUUGUUCAAUGAUACACCAAGAGAAGAAGAAUGGCUAUCUGCUGUUAUGAACAGUCUUCAUCCCAAAGCUCGGUAUCGUAAAAUCGCACUUGUGAGGCUUGUUGGGAUGAUGUUACUGAUAUUUGUUCAAGAGCAACAUGUGGCAUAUGUUAGAGGUGUUGCCACAGAAACUGUAGGAACAGGAAUAAUGGGCAAAAUGGGAAACAAAGGUGGCGUGGGUGUUCGACUAGACUUCCAUAGUACAUCAAUUUGUUUUGUGAAUACCCACUUAGCAGCUCAUGUUGAGGAAUAUGAAAGAAGAAAUCAGGAUUAUCAUGACAUUUGCCAAAGAAUGAGUUUUACAAGGUUUCUGCCUCCUAAAGGGAUUAAGGAUCAUGAUCAAAUUUUUUGGCUUGGAGAUUUAAAUUACCGAAUAACAGAUCUUGAUCCGAAGAUUGUGAAGGAUUGUAUUGAUAAAAAUAAUUUAGAGACCAUUAUUGAAUUUGACCAGCUACGGCAACAACACAAGAACAAAAAUGUUUUUGUAGGCUACCAAGAAGGGUCACUCACUUUCCGACCAACUUAUAAAUAUGACCCAGGAUCAGAUAACUGGGAUUCAAGUGAAAAAAAUAGAGCACCAGCAUGGUGUGAUAGAAUACUGUGGAAAGGUGAUGGUAUCAAACAGUUAGCUUACAGAAGUCAUCCAGAACUCAAAAUUAGUGAUCAUAAGCCAGUUAGUGCAUUAUUUGAUUCACAGAUACGAGUGAUUGAUGCUGCCAAAUAUCGAAAAAUACAUGAGGAGGUGAUGAAAAAAUUGGAUAAAUUGGAAAAUGAAUUUCUUCCUCAAGUGAUGGUGGAUAAUACAGAAAUAAUAUUUGACACUAUUUACUACUUAGAAUCGCAGACCAAAGAUUUGAUAAUUGCUAAUACAGGGCAGGUUCCUGUCACAUUUGAGUUCAUAAAAAAAUUGGAUGAUUCAAGUUAUUGCAAGGAUUGGUUGAAUAUAGAACCAUAUGCAGGAUUUAUAAUGCCAGGUGAAAAAUGUGAUAUCAGGCUGGAAGUUUUUGUUGACAAGAAAUCGGCAUUUAAGUUGAAUUCUGGAGAGGAUAAGCUUUAUGACAUUCUAGUUCUACAUUUAGAAGGAGGAAAAGAUAUUUUUAUCACAGUUACAGGAACAUAUGAGCGUAGUUGCUUUGGAGCAUCAAUUGAAGCGCUGGUGUAUAUUACACUUCCAAUACGUGAAAUACCUGUUGGCAGGCUUGUUGAACUGGAAAGCAGUAAGGAAGUAACAUCAACACAGGAUCCAUACCCAAUACCAAAGGAAAUAUGGUUUCUGGUUGACCACCUCUACAGACAUGGACUAAAACAGCCACACUUGUUUGAACAGCCUGGUUUGCAUUCAGAAAUUUUGCAAAUUAGAAACUGGCUUGAUAAUGGCUCACCUGAUCCUCUGCCUGGCAGUGUUCAUUCAGUUGCUGAAGCUUUACUCUUGCUUCUGGAAUCCACUGCGGAGCCAGUUAUACCGUACAAUUUACAUAAUAUUUGCCUGAAUGCGUCCAGCAAUUACCUGCAGUGUAAACAGAUUGUCAUGCAGCUGCCUGAACAUAGGAAGAAUGUCUUCCUGUAUUUGUGUACCUUUCUACAAGAGGUACUGAGUCACAUGAAUGAUAACGGCCUGGAUGCAAAAACAGUAGCCACACUGUUUGGGACCAUCUUCCUACGUGAUCCACCCCGUAGUCGUGGCGAUUUGAGUUCAAGAGUUCGGACAAAUCAGCAGGCACUUGACAGGAAGAAGGCGAAUUUUGUUUACAAUUUUCUAGUGAAUGACCAAAGUGAUUUAAUACUUGGUCGAUGAAACUUUUUUAUUUUUGCAUUUGUUAAAUGUGUAGUACUUACAAGCAGUUAUACUCAAGUUAAAGAGGACCCACCUUGCACAUAUUUAUAUAUAUAUUGUUAUCUAAUAUUUAGAUUGCAUAUUUAUUUUAAUUAAGAAAUUCUUGCAUGUGUGUGUUUUAAUGUGCAAUUAUUUGUACAGAAGAAGCAAAUAUGUAAAGCAGUACCAUGUACUGCACUAUAGAAUAAAACGGUUUUGAGUUUAUGCUACAGUGAGAAAUUAAAUAUCAGAAAAAGUUAUCCUAGAAUAACUGAUAUUCUUGCCGUGUAUUAAAAACUGUAAUUUGACUGCAUAUCGUUGUACUAUUUCCUUCAAAAGUACAUAUUGUUUAUCCUAAGUAGGAGCCAGUAUGGUUAUUUUCAUGUGAUAAUGAUGUGCACUGGAUGUAACAGUAAGUCUGACAAUUUUCAUCCAUGGAGUGAUUAGUCCUUCAAUUUGGAAACUGCAGAGUUCUGUCAUUACAUGGAUUUGGCUGACCCAUUACAAUGUGCAUGAUGACCAAGAGUGACAUUGUUGUUAGAUAUUAUGAAGAAGCAGUUUGGAGUUCAGUGUAUAAAUUAUGGAAAACUGUGCAUAUAAAUAUAUCUUGCAACAGCUCUUCCAAGUAAAAUUACAGUACGAUGAUAUGCCAAAUUUUUUAGUCUUAAACAAAUUGGUUUGUUUAAUAGUGUGUACUUAGCUGUUUAAAUGCUCUGUGUGUCAGUAUGCAUAUGCAGACACAAAUGCCAAAUCAUUAAAUGCCUUAUGCCACAGCUUUAUUAUAAUUUCCUCUGUCAUCUUUUCUGAAAUUUCAAGUGUGAGAAUCAGAGCCCAAUAUAAAGCCUCUACAGCUCCCACAAAUGCUUGAUGUGGUGUAUUGCAGUAGUGGAUGUUGAAGUGACAGUGGAGUCAUAAUUUAGGAUGAUGUUUGACCUUAAUGUCUGAAGAAUUGUGUGAAACGUACUCUCUUCCAUCAGUUAAUCAUAUUGUUCUUCUAAGGGAACAGUUACAGCAUGGACUGCCUCAAUGGAGAGAGAUAUUACCAUAACCCUCCUUGAACAUCAUUCUUGUGUUUUUUAUCUUGAUGGUUGGAGCUUGUUUCAAAAGAAUUAUAUUGCAAGUUGUUAAUUUAUCUGUGUCAGUUCACAUGUGUGUAAUAAUGAGACAUUAAAACCUUAUUUUACCUAGCCCCUCACUGAAUCUUUGCAAUUUAUACAUCCACCAAUUGACUCACUUCUGCAUUUGCUCAUUUGUGAACCAGACUUUUGCUGUAGCUAAGUGGAAAACUAAAGUCAUCAUUUACUCAUGUCUGCUUUACUGGUCAUACAAGGUUUUUUCAGCAGCAAUCAAUGUCUCAUCUUAGACUCUCCAAUUAAAUUUAUCUAUUUGUACACUAUAGUGCAAAGAUUUGUUAACUGCGUGCUGCGGGAGCAUCACGUUUGUGCUACAGGACACCACCAGAAUAUGAUAUUAAUGUUGGAUAUACUGUAUAAAUUGUUUGCGAAUCUAAAGUGUUUCAUUUAUUAUAAUAUUUUUAAACCAGCCUUCUCACAUCAGCUGUCAGAUAGAUGAAUAGUUUGACUUGAUAUGCCAUGGAAAAAUUUUGAUAUUAAUGGCUCCAUAACCAAAAACGUUUUGAACUCAUUAUUGCACCGUAUAAUGGACUCAUUAAAAAAUGUUUCAAAAUGCCUUGUGUGUUGGUUGGAUUAGUUCCUUUGCAGAAAGGUGACAGAGCUAAUGUGAGAAACACUCUGUUCCUUCCUUCCUUCCCUAAUAAGUGAACGAUUUGUUUCAUAUGGAAUUUUUAUUUAGUGGAAAAAAUAUUCUUAUGAGCUCGGUGAUUUCCAAUGACGUAGUAGUCCCUAAUUGAGAGUAUAUUUAAAUCUGUCACAAUGUGAUGCACAAUCUAUAUGAGAACAUAUCGACAGUAUAAAAUGCAAUUAAUUGUUCACGAACCUGACCUGGUGUAAGAGUGCAGUUAUAAACAUAGUUAAAAUGUACAGCAACAGUUCACCAUAGACUGUGGCUAUGUACACUCACUUUUUGGCAAUUUUCUGAAGUCUUGGAAUUAUGCCACCUCCCAUCUUUCAUUUCUAUUUUGCUUUUAAAUACAUAAUGAACAUUUAACAUGUAAAUCACUGAGUCAUAAGAAUAUUUUUUCCACUAAAUAAAAAUUCCAUAUGAAACAAGUCGUUCACUUAUUUGGGAAGGAAAGAGCAGAGUGUUUCUCACAUUAGCUCUGUCACCUUUCUGCAAAGGAACCCAUCCAACCAACACACAAGGCAUUUUAAAACAUCAGCAUGAUUAACUGCAAUGAAGAGAGAGGAGUUCUAUGUUGCGCCUGUACAUAUUUGCUUCUUCUCUGACACAAUAGAAACAAUGUCUCCUCUCCCCCCUCCCACAUCAGUUUUAUACAUAGCCAAAGCAAUCAUACUUUGUGCAUAUGUAGUUAUGUUUUGUUUUAGUAUAUAUUAGCAAACGAAAGCGCUGGCAAGUUGAUAGACACACAAACAUACACACAAAAUUCAAGCUUUCGCAACCAACGGUUGCUUUAGCGAAAGCUUGAAUUUUGUGUGUAUGUUUGUGUGUCUAUCAACCUGCCAGCGCUUUCGUUCGGUAUGUCACAUCUUCUUUGUUUUUAGAUAUAUUUUUCCCACGUGAAAUGUUUCCCUCUAUUAUAUUAGUAUAUAUUAGGUUUUAAAUGGUGGCCUACUAGAAGGAUGAAGCACUAGAAUAUUUAUAAAAUGAAUGUAGUAUUAUUAUUUAAAUAUUUUGAAAAAAUUGUCACUCAGAAAUCUAGUCAUUUGAAAUGUUUCUGUAUAAUGGUAUUUCUAUAUUGUUAAUAUUGUUUCCAGUACACAGUAAAUGAAAUUGGGAGGGAUCUGAUCAGUGGUCCACAUACAGCUAGCUGGAGAAUGUGUAGCCUGUAGAAAUACUGUAGGAGCAAGCAAGAACUCUUUAAAUUGCUGUAAAUACUUUAGUUUGUGAUGCAUGAACAGUCAACUAAAAUACCCCAAUUAAGAUUUCAAUAAACAAUGGUGACAAAGGCAACUGAAAGUAAUGUAGAUGGGAAAGUAUGCAUUCCAAAGAAGUCCUGAAGAAUACACACAGAAAAUUUGAAUAUUACUGUGUUGCUUUGACAUAGUUUGUUUAUCCAUGAGAGUUGAAUAUUUUUUUCAUUUUAUACUUUCUUUGUUAAGUUUAAAAAAUCCAUUUUUGGACCCUUUUAUUCUUUACUUAUCUUCCUAUAAAUAUUGGAUGCGAUGAAUGCAUUUAAUACAUGAAAUACUGAUGUUGUCAAAACACUUCCAUGUUUUGAGUUAUCCUCUCACCUUUCUCCCAAAUGGGCAGUAAUGAUACUUUCAUUUUACUUGCUUAUUGUAUGCACCACAGGUUUGUCUAGGGUUGUGUGUAUAUUUCAGCAAUGACCUGUAGGUGCACUUCCCACUUCAAAUAUUUUAAAAUAGCUUCCUUGUCUAUUUCUUAUACUUAGAACCUUUGAAUUUGUGAAAUACUUAAAUGUCCUCAAUGGAAUACAAACAGCGGAAGGAGUUACGGUAUGUGCCAUGUAGUUGAGACAUGGAGUGGGCUACACAUAUAUAAACAAGAUGGAAAUAGUCACAAAGCUUUUAAAAAGUGUCCUUCCUCACAGGUUAUAUGCCCUCCUCCCAACGCACCCAUACUGUCAUUGCCAUCUUUUUUUAGUAUUGUUUACUCCUUCCAUUGUUUAUCACAGUGUCUUCCUUCCAUUAGCCGUAUCUUUUUGCUUGUGUAGUAUUUCUAGUCAUCUUUUUGCAAUAAUGGGCUAGCAUUGUUGUGAUGUACAUCAAUAUAUUUUAUAGAACACUUUGCUGAAUUCAUAUUCAGUUGGCCUGUAUCAUCUAAAAAACAUUUUAUGUUAAAUUUUCCAUAAACUGCUGUGGCACGUUGUUAUCUGAAGUCAUAUGAUGUACCUUUUCUCCUUUUGUUAUAAUUUCAGUUGCAAUUUUAAAUUUAUGUAGCAGCAACUGGCAAUGUUAAUUGUAUGUAUAGUUUUCUACCUCAUAGUUCCAUUCAUAAAAACUCUUAAUA